UGUGAAAAAAAAACUGAGUUUAAAAGUAUUUUGCUAAGGAGUAUGUAAACUUCCGACUUCAGCUGUACAUAUUACCUCAAUUACCUUGAGGAACCGGUGCCCCGCUCAUUGACUGUACCAGUACCCCUGGUUUAUAUCCUCACAAUUGUUAUUUUACUGCUGCUGUUAAAUGAUUUGUUACUUUUAUUUUACAUUUUUUACUAAUCUAUUUUUUACUUAACAUGUUUUUCUUAAGGGAUUUAUAAGUAAGCGCUUCACUAUAAUGUCUACACCUGUUGUAUUCGGCGCAUGUGACAAAUACCAUUUUGAUAGGUUUCAAAUGUAUCAAGAAAUGAUCAUAUUUAUAUGCCUAGCAAUCAACAAUUAUACGUUGUUUAAAGCACACGUCUACAAGCCCCAGUCACAAAUGACAGCUCCAAAAAGCUGGUGAACAACGUGUGAACGAGAAACUCAUAGAAUCAUGAUUCUUUCAAGAUUUCAGUCCAUCGUUGGCCGUUGGGGGGUCCUGUGUGUUCUAAGGAUUACUGACUCAAAUUAACAAAAUUAGUCAUAAAAUUCAUUCUUUUAACUGAACAAGACAACAACAAAAAUCUAAGUCCAUUUGAAGAGCACUACUUCUCAUUGGUAAAACAAUACAACUGAACAGAUGAACAGCAAUGAUUUUGACUCUAACAGGUUGCCCAAAAAUAUAUAUAUCUUAAAGCAACGCCCUUACUAAGCCACACCUCCACUCCAGGGUUCCUCCAAGAACCCAUUGCUACAUUGAACCAUUAAAAGGUUCCUCAAAAACCCCUCAACUAACCAAAGGUGCAAAUAUGAACCAUUGACUAGUAAUGGUUCCUUGAGGACCUCCAUGGGUUCCUUGAGGAUCUCCAGGUUUCCUCAAGUCACCACUAAUUCUCUCUUAGGCUGAUCCAGAGAGACUCAUCCAUGCUUUUAUUACAAGCAGGCUUGACUACUGUAAUGCUCUCCUAUCUGGUCUACCCAAGAAAGCCAUUAGUCAACUGCAAAACAUACAGAAUGCUGCAGCACGGGUACUGACCAAGACCAGAAGGAGAGCACUUAUUACACCGGUUUUAAUGUCUCUGCACUGGCUGCCUGAGUUUUAGAAUUCAUUUAAAGAUGCUUCUAUUGGUUUUUAAAUCAAUCCACGAUUGUGCUCCCCAAUACAUGUCAGACAUGCUUUUAAGUUAUGUACCCAGUAGGUCCCUCAGGUCUUCUGGCACUGGCCUUUUAACUAUCCCAAAGCCAAGGACCAAGAGGCAUGGAGAGACAGCCUUUAGGUAUUAUGCCUCUGGAUCCAAUUUGUAAGUCGCUCUGGAUAAGAGCGUCUGCUAAAUGACUUAAAUGUAAUGUAAAUGAAUAGCCUUCUAGAGAACCUGAGGGGGCAGAAACUGUGGACAUAUUUAAAAGAGAUCUUGAAACACAUAUUUUUAGCUUUGUUUUUCCUUCAUUCAGUUUGCGUUAUUAUUUUUCUUUUAUAUCCAUUUAUGUUUGUUGUGUAGUAAAUAUUUCAGUUUUUAUUGUCAAUGUGUUUUGUUGUUGUUUUUCUUUCUGUAGAGCACAUUGCGUUGCAUUCCAUGUCUGAAAUGUGCUAUAUAAUGAAGCUGGAUUUGAUUUGAAGAGUGUAAAGUACCAGAAACGAUUCCGCUAUUCUUACAAGCCCAAUAACCCGUAUUUGGCACUAUAUAGAACCAUUUGUUUUUAGUGUGUUCCGAUAGGAAGGAAGAAUAGGAAGGGGAAGGGUUAAUUUGCGGCUGGGGAAACCUGAUGCUAAUUAAGUCUUUGGAAUGUCACAUACUAGCAUUCUAUUCCAGAAGCCUUCCGAGUGGGUCAGACAUGGAGUGAGGGGAGCGAUGCACGUUUCAAAUUGUUUUCUUAUCUUAUUGACGACAUUCAAAAAGGGCAUCCACACCAAAUACCAGAGCCACAGGGAGAUAAACAAACGCAAAAUGGCAUUGUCCAGAACAGUGCUGUUGUUAUUGGUGUACUCGUUAUCACUACAUGACACAGUAAGAGGUGUCGCAGAGAUAUGCCGGGGGACUCACUGCCACGGUGGCGAGACUGGGGAUCCCAGACCGUGCGUCGGAGCCCAAUGCCUGGGGGGUAGAUCAUCCAGACCACCGCGGCAAUAUAAUCCAACAACACAGGGCAGGUCGGGACAGGCAGUCCCCAGCCAGCACCAUGUGUACCACAGCUCUCAGUCAAGAGGAGACACAACAGACACGUAUGUUGUUCAACCACAGCGCGGUAGGCACAGUGACAGCGUUAGAGAAAGCGCAAGGAUGCAAACGUCUGAAGUUUUCGUUUCAGGAUGUACUGGAGCGGAUUGCGUUACUCCUCAGAAACAGCUCCACGCUUUUAACGACACCAGAGACUGCAAAGGAAUCGAAUGUAAAUUACCACUAAGGAUACGGCCAAAGCCCCGUCCAAAAGAUUGUAUGGGAGAGGGCUGUCUGGCUGAUGAUGCCGCAGCUUCCAGCCAGCCUUCCCCUGUCCAUGUGCCGGACAGAGCUGCUCAGUUUCUGGGAGAAUUUCCAGAGUUUGGAUAUCCUGCAUCUGAACUUGGCAGUGCGCCUUUGGGAGUGCAGCUCACAUGUGACAUUAAACCAGGGGAGAAUGAGGUGCCUUCAGAGGAUGCCCUCAUAUUACACCUCCAACUGGCUAAGGGGCAGGAGAAGCUGGUAGAGGCCCUUCAGGCUCAGCAGACGAUCAUCCGCGAUCUGCAGCAAAAGCUAACCGAACAGCAGGGGGCGCUGUUGGCCCAGCAGCGGGAGAUCCUGGAGCAGCAGCGCCGCAUGUAUGAGCAGAUGGACGUGGUCAAGGCACAGUAUGGCCUGCUCUCUGACACCGUCAAGCAGGUGUCCUUCCAAGGCCUCCAAGGGGAGCUCCAGAGCUACUUCGAGAGCCACCUGGCAGGCCUCCAGAGCCAGGCUCGGAGCCACCUGCAGAAGUCCUAUGCCGUUCGCAAGGACAUGCACAUGGAUGUAGAUGCUAAGUUGAUGGAUGUGGUCGGGGAAGCCCACCUUCCGCACCCCCUGCUGGGGUGUGGUGCCCCGUGUGGACCGGAGGAUUACUGUGACUUCCAGAGGGAGCCGCCCCAGUGUGAAAAGUGUACCAUGUGCCCACCUGGUUUCUUCCUGGUCUCCCAGUGCUCUCCCAAUGCAGACAGAAUAUGCCAGGACAGAGACGAAUGCCUUGAAUUACCAAACCUAUGUGGACAGGGAGUGAAGUGCCUCAACACUCCAGGAGGGUUCAGGUGCCUGGGCAUGUCGGAAAGGGAGGCUGCUGCUGGAGUAUGUGGCCAUGACUACUUCUACAACCAGGAGCUUCCGGAGUGCCAGGCUUGUUCUGACUGCAAUGGAGAACCCAUUGUCAUCCCCUGUACAGCCACCAGUGAUUCUGUCUGUGGACCCUUGACAGACAACCUGAUGUCCCAGUCCUGGGGUGGCACCGUGACCUUGCCCCCAGCCAGGGCUCCCGGCAGCCACAUCUUCCCUGGCCUCCAGCUCAAUGUCCAGAGCAAAGAAGCCACCGACUUGCUGUCCAACCAUGCCGGCCGGCUAUCCUUCCAGCAGCACGGCUUGAUGUGGCUGGACCAUAACUUUGCCGUAAAGCACAAUUGCAGGAACUUCCUCCAGGUGGGCAUGCGACUCAACAGCAGUCAAGAGGAGGAGGGCCACGACCUCAGUGGGGUCCGCAUUGAGCAGCCAGACGGGAAGUACUUCCAGGGAGUUAGUGUUAGUGGCAUCGCAGAGGUCGAGCCCAACCACAUGCUGACUCUGUUCCUGAAGAGUCCCAACCAGCAUUGCAACCAGAGCAAGGACCUUCAUGUCUACGAACUCAAUGGGCCUUCCUUCAGCAUGCUCUGGCUGUCCCACGAUACUGGAGCCGUGGCCAUGACAGCACAGAUGUCAAUGUCAGCCCACUACCAGACCAACUACCGUCCAACCUUCCGCAUCACCUCCGUCUCUGACCCUUACAUGGUGGGGUUGACCCACGACAGCCGCGGGGUGCGCUUCACAGAGAGUGGCGUGGUUAAAUUUGUCUUACAGCAAGCGCUGUACUCCAUGGGCCACACCUGCAUCCGAGAGGGCUUCUCUCUGGUGGCCUACGCCAACCGCAAUGGGACCAACCAGGAAUUGAUGCAGUCAUUCAAGUCGGGCGUCAACUACAGGGACACAUCCAUCACCCUUUCUGGGGCUGUCAGGGUGGAUAGUGGGCACUCGCUUAGUUUCGAGAUCCUAUCCCCAUCCCAGUGUAAUAUCCGCUACUUUGGAGACAGUACUGGGAUCAGUAUACUGAGCCUUAUCUGGAUCCCCUCAGCUGUCUCCUCUGCCCUGACUGCCACAGUGUCCAGGACAGGUCUUCCCUCUGGAGUCGUCCGCAACAAAGCCCUCCUCUUCCAGCAGGUCAGCCCAGAAUCAGACCAAGUGCGCCUGGCCCAUUCUGGGGAACCCAACGCCCAAAAGAACUUUGUCUUCUGGGGGGAUGGGACAGCUAAUGUGGCCCUCAACCUGAAGCUGAUCCAUUCGUGUAACGUAGUGAAGCUCACUCUGCACCGGCAGGGGGGCAGCGCGGAGGGUGGACAGGCUACACCCGUGGCCCAGCAGAUUUCUGGGCACAUGCCUGAGGGCAGCGAGUGGGCCAACGUGGGCCUGAGGGCCUCCUUCCAGGUCCAAAACGGUACAGCCAUCUAUGUGACACUGGACUGCGUACGUGGUCGUGUUAACCAGAUCACCCACAAGGGAGGCACUAACAUAUCCAUCCUCUGGGUGGCGUUGUGAUCCAAAAAGAGGACCUUUUUUGUUGUUGACUGUCACAUUUUGUCAACACGUUUUAGAAACAAACAUGGUUUCGCACAAUUUCAAAUUACAGAGCAAAUUUGGAACCUCACUUAACGUCACAGGUGCUUCCAAGGUAGAGGAACUUUUUUGAAAUGGAAGGUUGUGUUUUGUCUAAUGUUAACAUUCUUGUCAUGUUAAUGUUGUUUGUAUUUUAUGACUGAUACUUUGUUGAUUCAUUGAUUUUUUGGGGGGGAUGACAAGUACUGAUGUUGCUCGAAGUACUUCGGCUGGUUGAGCAGUGACCAAUUAUUUUGUAUGAAGUAAGCUGAAUGAUGUGUGUGUGUGUUUAUGUUUGUUAUGCUUUUUAUUAUGCUAUAUCUUAUUCCAUCAAUUUCCUGCACAUGAAUAUGAAAUGUUGCCUUUCAAUGUGUGUGUAUUACAGAGUAUUUUGAUAAAAGAGCAUUUAAAUAUUUUAAAAUGUAUUAUAUUUAACUUUCACCAAGCUGUUAUUUUUAUUUCAUAUUUUCAAUAACUUAUUCUGAAUUUUAUGUCACUUAAUAAUAGAGUAACAUUGGAAAUAAAUGUAUCGAUAUACUAUUGGAAAGAAUACCUUACUUCAUAAACAGAAUUGUACUUCAAUCUCUUUUGAUAAAACAAUCACAGUUGUGUCAAUACUGUGAUUCUAGGAUACAUGUAUGUCAAACAAUAGAAUUAUGUUACAAAUAUUUACGUGACCAUGGAACUACAGUAUAAGUGUAGUAUACAUUACAUAUACUUACAUUAAAUGGUGUAGGGAAAGUUUAUCCUCAGAUUAUUAUCAUCUUUACAUUUGAUAAUUCACACAAAUCAGGUUUUAUGUAGCAACAAUAUGUUAACCGUUAACUGCAUAAUGUAUAUUGUGCUUUAGCCUCAAUACUCUUGGCCCUGUGGAAGUGCUGCCUAUGCAUAGCAUUCUUAAUUGCCUUUGUGCAUGUUCUGUCCCCCCAACAAUUAGACACAAUGAAGUGUUUCAGCCAUUUGGCAGCGAAGCAAAGCGGUCGGUCACUGAAAUACCUCUGCUUUAUUUUCACUUCGCCAUGCAAUGCUUGGUGAUUUGUUUGACUUCACAUGUAUUGUAGAACAACAAUGAGUGUAUUCUUGUUUUUUUUCAAAGCCAAAUAAAAAUGCACAAAUUUUGUAA